GGCAACACUGAAAAUAUUUGCUUUUCUCUAAUGACAACCAAUCUGUCAGAAAACAGGUCCUUUGAGGUUAAUUAUGUUUUCCUUUAAUAUUAUUAAUGACUUUGGAAAUAAUUUUCAACUAAUUAAGCAUCUGAAGUCAAAAUAGCGGUCCUUUGGCAUAGGAUACACUUCGGGGGAAAGGAGGGCCACUAGAGAAAACACACAGCCACGAAGAGCGCCAUCAUGAGUUCUCUUGUUUCAAGUUACUUGGGAGCCUCUACUUUUAACUGGCAAGAGUUUGUUUGUGGAUGGGGAGCCGCAGUUAUUAAUGUAUCUGUGACUUACCCUAUCAAUAAGCUGAUUUUUAGACAGAUGCUCCACGGAAUUCAGGCUGAAAGUGCAUACCAUCAGCUGAGAGAAGAGGGCAUGUACUAUUUAUAUCGGGGCAUGCUUCCUCCACUAUGCCAAAAGUCGCUAUCACUUUCCUUAAUGUUUGGUGUAUAUGAAGAAGUCCGUCAUCCACUAGUCAAGCUUAAUGUUGAUCCCUAUUCAGCUAAAUGCAUAGGAGGUUUAGUGUCUGGAACGAGCGAAGCCCUAUUAAUGCCCUUUGAAAGGAUCCAGACUUUGCUUUCCAACUCGCAUUAUCAUGAUGAAUUCAGAAAUACUGCUCAUGCAUUUAAAAGACUGGGACAGUUUGGAGUUAGGGAGUAUUACAGGGGCCUGGUACCAAUCCUGCUUCGAAAUGGCCCGUCGAAUGCCUGUUUUUUCGUGUUGCGAGAAGAGUUGCAGGAAAACAUUAAUGAAAUUAAUAACGAACUAGUCAAAACUUGUGCUGAAUUUGUCGGCGGCGCUUUAAUAGGAGUGGUUUUGUCCACAUUCUUUUAUCCAUUGAACGUUUUAAAAGUGGCCAUGCAGAAUAAAAUCGGCGGCCAAUUCGAAAAUCCCUGGAAAGUCCUCUUGCAGGUUUACAAGGAAAGAGGCGGAAAAAUCAGGUAUAUUUAUCAUGGUGUUCAAAUGAACUGCACACGGGCGUUCGUUAGUUGGGGUGUUAUGAAUGCCGCUUAUGAGCACCUCAAAGAAAUUGUCUAUUAAUCCUCUGUUGAUUCCUCAAAGUCUAUUUUUGUUACUGUAUUUUAGUUGUACUUUGUUAAGCUAGGUAGGAUAGUUAUUUCAAUUGCCGCUGUAAAUAACUUUUUUAUACUUUUAACUUCUAGACUCAGUUGUGGAUAAGUGGUGCUGAUCAGGGUAAAUGGGACUAAAGGAAAUUAACGUUUAAAGCACUAACGGGUGCUUUAAACACAAUUGGGUUGAUUAAGAUAUUAGUCUCAAAAUCUAGUACUUAUCCACAGAAUAAUUGUCCUGAUUGGCCCUACUAGUCGCUAGUCUUAUACAUAAAAAACUAUAAAAAUUGUGAUAUACGCACUAGAUAUGCACUGAAUGUUAAAUGUUAAGUUUAAAGUAAAAAGCUAUGCAUCAUGAAACCGAAA